UUUUUCAGUAUAUUGAGAGAUCUUUCUAUAAAUAAGAGUUCUCCAAAGUGGGACGACUUGGGAGUUGGUGAAUUCAUUGCUGGGAGCCCUUGCAUGGAAAGAUCUUUUUCAGAGAGCUGUAUUUUUUGAAAGCUGUUAUUAGAGAACGGGUGGGCCAGAAGAGUUCUAAAAUCACAACUCAAAGCACCUAUAUUCCUAUAAAAUAUUUAUGAGAUGAGUCAUUUUAUUCUCUUCCCUCCUUCCCAUCCCCACCAGUGGUUGCGUUCCAUUAACUUCAAGAACCCAUCCUUAUUAUUUUAUGAUUUAUAACUUUGUUCUUUAGAAAUUGACUCUAAUAUAUAAUCAUUUUAAAUCACUAGAUUAUACUAAGUAUAUGCUGCAUUUCUUUAGAAAAAUGAGCAGGCGGAAUUGUUGGAUUUGUAAGAUGUGCAGAGAUGACUCUAAGAGGCCUCCUUCAAACCUUACUUUGGAGGAAGCAUUACAGUGGGCCCAGUCUUUUGAAAAGUUGAUGGCCACGAAAUAUGGUCCGGUAGUCUAUGCAGCAUACUUAAAAAUGGAGCACAGUGAUGAAAAUAUUAAAUUCUGGAUGGCGUGUGAAACCUAUAAGAAAGUUGCCUCACAGAGGAGCAGAACUUCUAGGGCCAAGAAGCUUUAUAGGACUUACAUCCAGCCACAGUCACCUAGAGAGAUUAACAUUGACAGUUCGACAAGAGAAACCAUCAUCAAGAAUAUUCAAGAACCCACUCAAACAUGUUUUGAAGAGGCUCAAAAAAUAGUGCAUAUGCACAUGGAAAGGGAUUCCUAUCCCAGGUUUCUAAAGUCAGAAAUGUACCAGAAACUUCUGAAGACUAUUCAACCCAACAACAAUUCUUGACCACCACUCAAAAGUUUAAAUUGAAGCUGGUAUACUGAAAGUCCUGGCUUUGUGCUUUUAAUAUAUAUAUAUAUAU